AAAGUUGCAGUCCAGCAAUGGCAGCCCAGUCGGAAACAGAAUGGCUUACUGGUCCCUUUGACUGCUGCCAAGAUGCCCGUUCCUGUUGCUUUGGAAUGUGGUGUUGCCCCUGCCUGGCCUGCACAGUCGCAGAGAAAUUUGGAGAGAACCGAUGUCUGCCGCUAAGUGACAUCUUGAGCCCCGCCGCGUUUGCAGCCAUCGGCAUCCCUCUGUUUGCAUCCCCGGCGGGCGUUUCUUUGAGAGCAGCCAUUCGAAAAACCUACGGUAUCAGGGGGACCAUCUGUGGGGAUCUAUUUUUUUCCUGUUUCUGUGCAUGGUGCAACUGGUCUCAGAUGUACCGCGAGCUUAUGGAGCGAGCCAAAGAACCGACUGUCAUUCAUUUGCAAAGCCCAGUAAUAGUUCAGCAGCCUGCUAUCAUGGACAUGUACGCUGUUAAUCACUAUAGUUCCAUUGGCUCCCUCAUCUCCAUCCCAUAGAUCUCCAUUAGGAAAUUACAAAGCACAAAGUUUUCACACUGUUUGAGGCAGUGUUUUUCAACCACUGUGCCGCGGCACACUUGUGUGCCGUGAGAUACAGUCUGGUGUGCCGUGGGAGAUUAUCUAAUUUCACCUAUUUGGGUUAAAAAUAUUUUUUUGCAAACCAGUAAUUAUAGUCUGCAAAAUAUGUGUUGUUGUUGAGUGUCGGUGCUGUCUAGAGCUCGGCAGAAUAAUACUCUUUCAUAUCAGUAGUCCAUGAAUUGAUUUACGUGGACCCCGACUUAAACAAGUUGAAAAACUUAUUCGGGUGUUACCAUUUAGUGGUCAAUUGUACAGAAUAUGUACUGUACUGUGCAAUCUAAUAAUACAAGUUUUAAAUCAAAUUCAUCAUC